AUGACCGAACCUUCAUUCUUUUUGCACUCCUCUGUCCAAGUGCUUUGGGCAGAUGCUUCAAAAAGCAAAGAGAAGUCUUCUGGAGCACAGGAUGGCCAUGUUGUCCAGCUGAAGAACACUUGCAACUGGAAGCAGGGCAACAGGGGUGGCCAAACUCCCCUCUAUCCUCCUAUGUUUUCAUCUUCUAAGAAGAACCAGAACCCAGCCUCAAUUAAGAUGUUGGAGCUAAAGAACUUCUCAACUACUGAACGAGCUAUUACUCUAAACUUUGGUGCUGCAGCAUCACAGAUGGCUUAUCUAACUCAUUGUUCAGUACAGUUUUACAAGAAGGAACAAUGGGAGACAUUGGAAAGGAAGUUUCAUGUCGCAUUUGGGAUUGAGUUUCCAGACUAUACACAGAUAAGUGGUGCUGGACCAUCAUCAUAUGCAGCUGGACAGUCCAACAUAAUACCUGAUGCCAGUACCAAAGAUGCUGAUGUGACUAUGGAAUGGAGUUCAAUGGCUCAGAUCCCCACCCCUCCUUCGACUCAGGUCAAUCUUCCUACUGCCAAUGCCCUGAAUGUUUCAUUUGACAACCUAUUGUUUGGUGACCCUUGGAGUUUUAGUUCCCAUAAUCUCAACUUUUAA